UCCUGUGUGGAAGUGGGGCAGGGUGCUCACUGCAGCUGUCACACAGACGCACAGAAAGGUGAAUGAGCUACUGCUAGACUGCAUAAGAAGACCAGUUUAAGUGGAAAUGUUUGGGAACCACUGAUCUAGAUCACCGCUGACCUUAAGAAGUGCACAGCCUCCAGAAUGUUUGACAGCUGGUCACCAAGUCUUGUGCCGGCUGUCCGUAGAGCUGCCAUGCUGAGAAGAGGCAGAAACAGCAGAGCUCGACACGUGGCCUGGAGUGACCUGAGACAGGAGACAGAUGUCCAAUCCACUGACGGCGAAGAGUGUCAGAGCCAGACAGAGACACAGUUUAGUGACUUGGACUUGGAAGUGGAGGUGGAGGUGGACAAAUGUCACACCACACCCAAGCUGGAGGCUCUACCGUGCACAGCUCCAGUGACGGGGGAGUCGUUCUGCCACUGUGUGCCGCAGGACGAGGUCGGGCGAGGCUACAGGGUCGACAGUGACUGCUCCUGUGGGGAGGAGGAUCAGGUCUUUGACUGGGUGUGGGACAAAUGCUGUCAGACGUCCGGAGCCUCCCUGAGCUGCGACGACAGGAAGGUGAGCUUUCACUCAGACUACAGCUGUGGCACCGCCGCCAUCCGUGGCACCAAGGAGCUGUCGGACGGCCAGCACUACUGGGAGGUCAAAAUGACCUCUCCGGUCUACGGGACAGAUAUGAUGGUGGGGAUAGGGACCACUGAGGUGAACUUGGACAAGUACAAAUACAGCUUUGGUAGUCUGUUGGGUGAUGAUGAGGACAGCUGGGGGCUUUCCUACACUGGUUUGCUCCAGCAUAAAGGGGAGAAAGUGAAAUUCUCUUCUCGGUUCGGUCAGGGAUCAAUCAUUGGAGUGCACCUGGACACGUGGCACGGCACCCUGACUUUUUACAAGAAUCGACAUUGCAUAGGCGUAGCCACCACCAGGCUUCAGAACAAGAAGAUCUACCCCAUGGUGUGUUCCACAGCAGCUAAGAGCAGCAUGAAGGUGAUCCGUUCCUGCUACACGCCCACCUCCCUGCAGUACCUUUGCUGUGCCCGACUGCGCCAAACAAUGCCCUGCUGCCCUGAUGUAUUAAAUGCCCUGGCACUGCCACCGGGUCUGUGUGUCCUCCUCAAGAACCAGCUGGGAUGGGUCUUCAACCUCAGCAGCAUUCCUGACUCCUCAGAGGAAAAGGCAUGUUUCCCUGAAUCCCCCCAACAAGAGGAGGAAACCAGCGUGCCUUCAAGCCCCAUUCCCAGUCCCACCCUAAGCCCCAUAUCCUCCUUGAGUGCCUGCUCCUCCCCCGACCUGUUCCCCGACUCAUUCCUCGCAUCUCAUCAGACUCACCCCACAUCCUGCUACUGCCCUCCCACUCCGACGAGCAGCGACUACGACAGCUGCUGCUCCGAGCCAGAGGACUAUCAGUGCAAAAGAUGCCGCUGGACAUGACCAGCUUCUUCUAAAAUGUUCUAAAAGGCUCUUUUCUACCACUGCCAUCAAAGUCUGCUCAGAGCAAUCUCAAACUUUAGUCGACAUUUAACUAAAUCGUUGCUUUAACCAACUUGAGAACUAGCUGAUUUAUCUGAAAAACACUCUUAUUUAAAACGAGGAACGUCAGGCUCUGGUGACUGGAGAAAACCGAGUUAUUCUCAGGAAGACUCCAGCUGCGUUUUGAUACUGCAAAACUAACAUUUAUGUGUUUUAUAAUAACUGAGCUGUGGUUGUGUUAAUUAAGAUUAUUGAGAUUUUCUAUUCACUCUUUUUUUAUUUACAGUUCUGCUUCUUAUUAUGAACUUUCUUAUUCAGGAAAUUCUACACAAUAAAAAAAAUGUAAGAA